UAAAAUAUGUAACCUCCCACAAAUAGUAUAGUAAAUAAGUUUAGUAUUUAGUUACUUAAACAAAAUGAGCUCUACAGUAAUACGUACGCUACAACAAGAUAUAUUUCAACCAACAGAAGAAAGAUUAAUAACAUGCUGUCAUGUUAGUAAAUAUUUGAAGAAAAAGAAAACUUCAUUUUUAUGUCUAGUUAGUACAACAACUUUACCAUACAAUAUUUCCAUUAUUCAAAUAAAACAGACGGAUAAACAAAUAUUUAAAAAGAAACGCAGUUGGGCACUUGCAGAACUUAAAUCUGUGGAUGGACACAACGAACAGUAUGAUACAUUGGAAUUUGAUUUACAUGUAGACAAAGUUUAUAGAUGGGUAGCCACAAAUCCAAAGGAACGUCAUGCUUUUAUACACAAUUUAUGGAAACAGUCAUCAAGACACAUUCUGAAAGAUAAACCAAUGUUUAAAAAUAUUCCAAAAACGUGGAUAAAAGAAGAUGCUAUGACGCCAGAAAAUAAAUAUGUUACUUCACCCUUGUUAGCUCUAGAGAAUGAUUUUGCUGAAGACUUUCAAGCUAUAACUGAUAAAGAGCAGGAAGAUUUGAAAAGAUUAAUGUCUGGAUGUGAAUAUGCAAUUAGCAAUGCCGAAGGUUUCAUGGAAGUUUUAGCGAGAGAUUUAUCUUUAUUAGAUGGAGAAAAUGUACAGUGUUUGUUAGCAUCAGAAGAACAAGUCGAAACUUUAAUGGAACAACUUGAACUAGCUAUAAAUGAAGCAGAUAGACUUGAAACACAGUUAAAUGCUUAUGAUGAAAUCUUAUGCCAUGUAAGGGAUACAAUGGAAAAAAUGGAAAAAAAGAACUCGAUGAUUUCAGUGGCUAAUACUAAUAAUCUGUUGUUGUUGCAAGAACUUGAAAACAUGAUUACAAAAUUAAAUUUGCCAGUGGAAUAUCAAAAAACUUUGGAAGAAUCAGACUUCACCACACAGGAAGGAUUGACUGCAGCAAUUAAAGCGGCAAACGCUUUGAAAGUUGCUAUGAAUUCCAACAUUGAUAAAGCCUUGCUUCAAAUGACUGCUGUUCAAGAGCAAAGAAAAAAAUUUGAAAAAUAUAAAGAAAAAUUUUCUCGGAGCUUAAGCAGACAAUUAAAUAACUUAUUUAUACACUAUGGGAAUCACAAAGGAGAGUCAGACAGAAAUGUGGAAGGGUUAAUACUGCCACAACAUAGUGGUGUUCAUAAGGAACUAUAUUCCUAUACCGAGUUAAUGCAUUGGAUGAAGGUUAUGGACAAAAAAAUGUAUGAAUCUUUAAAAGAGGUCUACACUACUUCUUUAGGAAAACUUUAUGAUAGAGAUUUAAAGGGACUUUUUAACACAGCCAGAGAAAAAAUUGCAGUUUACGGUGCUGUGUCUUCUCCGACAUCGCUAAUUGGGCUGGACAAAGAUUUAUGGACCCUAGAAACUAGUUCUCAAGACAGAAAAAGAUAUGACACUGUACUUGAGCAAGUCUUAACUCAACUAGAACCUGUAUUUAUGCAAGAACAGCAAUUUUGUGUAAAAUUUUUUCAACUUGAUGUAAUAAGUUCUACUUUAAAAAAUACUCAAACAACACUUGAUGGAGCUGAAUUUCCGAUGGAAGUAGUUCCACAACGUAAAGCUGAAAAGCAAAUUGAUGAAGAUGUUCGAAAUAUGAUGAGCAAUUUAUUUACUUGCUUGAAAACGGAACUGGAUCUAUUAAUAGAUCAUAUAAAGAAGCAAGAUAGUUUUUACUGUAUGUAUGUUCUCGUACGUCUCAAUCAACAUGUUAUGUCGGCUCAGAGUUCUUUCCUUAGCAAUACAUUUGGUUCUCAACUCAUAGAAGUUAAACGCUCCUUGGAUCAGUUCAUGCAACAGCAAAUUGAAUCGAUAAAGGAAUGCAGAUUAACAAGAAAAUCAAAAUGUGGUAUUCUUCCGUAUGUUUCAAAUCUUGAAAUUUUUGCCACAAAUGCCGACUGUUUGUUAAAGAGUGACCGUCGAGCUGAUUUAGAAAAAUGGUAUACUAGACUAGUUGACACCAUGUUGGAAUACAUUGCUAUUCAUUCUAAUGACCAGAAAACACCCUCGCAAGUAAUAAAAAUGGAAAAUUAUCACCACUUGUAUUCCUUGCUGUCACAGCUUAAAAUAUCUGUACUUGAUAGUCAACGAAAAGAAGCUAAACAAAAAUAUAAUGAUGCUUUGCAAGCCUAUGUUACAUUGUACUUUGGUCGCCCACUAGAAAAGUUGAAUACGUUCUUCGAAGGAGUUCAGUCAAGAGUUGCAAGUGGAGUAAAAGCUUCAGAAGUGAGUUACCAGCUGGCAUUCAGUAAACAGGAAUUGCGGAAAGUUAUUAGUCAAUAUCCAGGCAGUACGGUAAAAAAAGGUCUAGAGGCGUUAUACAGAAAAGUUGAAAAACAUCUAUCUGAAGAAGGGAAUCUUCUUCAAGUGGUUUGGAGGGCUAUGCAAGAAGAAUUUAUAAGACAGUACAAAAUGUUGGAGGAUUUAAUUCAGCAGUGUUAUCCAGGAUCAAUGAUUAAUUUAGAAUUUACAAUAGACGACAUAUUACAUUUCUUUUCAGACAUUGCACGUUCCCAUUAAUAAUUUUAUUAAUUUAUCACUAAAAUGUUACAAAAAGUAAUGUAUCUACACUUAUAUUUAUAAUAGACAUU